GGACAGUGUUUGAUACGGCUCGUGGUGAGUAACACGCUACCGUACCAGAACCCUUUUCUAAGCACAUUUUCAUUCUUCUAGCUAGUCCCCCCUCAUAUAUAAUCUCCGACGCUUACACACUCUGAUCUACUAAAAAUCAGCAUUGCUGAUCAGAAAACUGAAUUCACCUCACAUUAACAAGAAUGGAAAUUCCAACUAAUGGCAUGAAUUCGACACCCCAUAUCCACGAACAAUCACAGACCCCAAAGCUCCCAGUUUUCAACAAUGCAGAGGUCAAUCGCCGGCUAGAAACCUGGCAUGUUUGUUAUGAAUUCACGCCCACAAUGUUUAGGAAAACAUCACGGCUUCCGUGGGUCUAUAUGGACCCAGACAAAGGUCCAGUUGAGAUUAAGAGAUUGUUCAAUCACGACCGCAUCACUAACGAGGUCAACGCUUUGAAACUGGUUUCACAGAAAACAACAAUUCCAGUUCCAAAACUUCUCAAUUAUGGUGUGAAUCCAGACGGUACACGGUAUCUUGUGACGGAGCUCAUCAAUGGCGUCAAUUUGAAUAAAUUGACUACAUUAGGCUGCCGAGUAAUGACGGGCGGAAAACAUACAGAAGAAGCUUCAUGCGAUACUUGUGUACAGAAAGCAUAUUCUAACGCAAUCAAUUUCGUCGAGAAUACUGUAUUUCCACAGCUUUCCACUAUGAAAUCCCAGACAAGAGGGAUUGACGGCUUCGUCAUGCCUCCUGCUUGGGUAUCCAUCGAUACUCAAGAACUGUGGACAGGAAGAAAAGGACCGUGGAAAACUCUCCCACUCCAAACUCCCGAGUAUGUAUUCCAGCACGGAGACUUAGCAGCCCAUAAUCUUCUUAUAGACACGGAAACGCUUGAACCCAAAGCUUUGAUCGAUUGGGAAUUCGCGGGGUAUUACCCCCUCGGAAUGGAUUUGUGGUCUGGAACGUUGGAUUUUCGUAAAUAUGUUCGUUGUGCUGGAGCUGAGAAUAUGGCGGAGUUGAUCCGCAAAUAUGUUCCUGAGGACUUUUUGGAGGCUUGGAGUCAAUUGGAAGAUAGAGAGGACUUUGAAUUGUCGGUUAGAUCUGGAUAUUUCCCAGAUCCGGAGGAGUUGAUUGCAUCUAUGGCAACGCCAGUCAUUCAGGAAUCCGAAAGAUGAGGUUGAUGCCUCGCCUAAUGGUAUUGCUUGAUCGGUUCUGGGAAAGAGAUGUAUUGCUAGGUGGGUGCAAGAGCUGAAUAAUCUCAAAGCUGAUUAUGCACA